AUGCCUGCCAAAGGUGCUUCGACGCGCUUGAACCCGGUGCGGUUGCAGACAAUCCAGCAUCUGCGAGUGCGACGUCCGAAUCAGCAGCAGCAAAACACGUGCGCAACGAUCAUGUCUUCGAUGCUGAACUGCUGGGCUUCCGCUGGACAUAGCAACGAAGGCUGCACAGGUCUGGAAGAAGCACUCAAAUCAUGCAUGGAUGAACGGAAAGGCAACGCUGCCCAAUCAAACUCCGUCAACUACCACCUCAUGAGAAUGUUCCCCAAGGUGUCCGGGCCUCGCAAGCGGGAGGGCCGUCUGAAGUAA